AUGCUCUACAGCUUGAAGUUCAAGAGAGUGGUCGUGAUGGCACUGGUCCUCUGUUGUGGUAGCAUAGGCUCCCCAGCACAUGGAGACAACGACUGGGUGUCACACGAUUCGGGGAGGGACGAAGAUAUGCUGAAGAGAAUUGUAUCAGAUGCCAUGUCGAAAGUCGCAGAACAGAGCAAGCCCCAUACACAAAACGACGAGCCGGAAACUUGGGGACCCCGAGGCAUGUUUCACACGAACGCAAGGACUGCUGUUCAACGAGCUCGUGAUCUUAAAACUAUCUUGUUUGUAUACAUACCAGAUGAUUCGGAACAGAAACAGGAGAAGAGCUCCAAUGCGCUCAAUCCAAUCAGUUUUGGCGAAGGCUUCUUCACUCUUGACGAGCUUGAUGCAAACUUUGAUGACGUGUAUUUGAAAGAAUCUCAGUAUCACAAGAAACUUCUUGACGCUUUGCCCUUGAUCGAUGAAUCCAAACCAACGACGAAUAUUCGUGAACAUGAGCAGGAAUUCAUGCCUGUUAAGACUGUCGGGCAUUUCAACGAAUUAGAGAGCUGCAUUGCCCGUUGUAUUUACCGCUUGGAAUCUGAACCAGCCAUUGAAAACAUGACUGUCACGAUGAACGGUGGACAGUACAUCUGGCGUUGGGACCUCGAGUGUCAAGCAAGAAUGGAGGCUUCUCCGUGGUUCCAGAUAUCCAACGUUGAAAACUACACCUUCAAGGGCAAAGAGAUUGGUGUCUUGAACUUCCGAUCAGAUGGAGACUGUCAAAUGAGAGGGAAGUGGUGGCUCAAGCCAGGAGUCGCGGUCUGA